GGAGUCAGGAUAUAAGUCCUGCAGCGUGGAGUGAGUAGUUACUCCCUCAGCAGACAGCAGCAGGACCUGAGGAAACCAUGCGGGUGGAACUGGUGUGUGUGGCUCUGGCCACCCUGGCUGUCUCUUUCCCCUCACCGUCUGACGGAGCGCCACUACAGGUGUUGUCUGCUCCUAACGUGCUGCGUGUGGGCAGCAAGGAGAACGUGUUUGUGGAGAUCCAGGACCACUCAGGGGGUCCGUUCAUGGUCACGGUCAUGGUCAUGAACCAUCCCACCAAGACCAAAAAACUGUUUGAAAAAGCUGUGCAACUAAACUCAGACAACAAAUUCCAGAGCUUCGUCGAAGUCUUUAUCCCAGAGGAGGACCACAUCAAUAUGGACGACAGACAGAAGCAGUAUGUCUACCUGCAGGCGCAUUUCCCCAGCGGGACACUGGAGAAGGUGGUGCUGGCCUCCUUCCAGGCAGGGUACAUCUUCAUCCAGACAGACAAACCCAUCUACAACCCUGGCACCACAGUCUUAUACAGGGCGCUUGCUGUGACCCCUAGAAUGGAGCCUUUAACCAAAGAUCAGUUUGAACAGGAUAAAGACAUCUCUAUCGACAUUGAUGUUGUGACUCCAGAGAACAUCACCAUCCUCAGGGAAACAGUAACCCCAGACAAGGGGAUGAAAUCUAGGAACUUCAAGCUUCCAGAUAUUGUCAGUCCCGGUGUGUGGCAGUUGGUGAGCAGGUUCCAGGCCACCCCACAGAGGACCUUCACCACAGAGUUUGAGGUCAAAGAAUACGUUCUGCCCAGUUUCGAGGUAAAGGUGGAGCCUAGGAAGACCUUCUUCUACGUCGAUGAUGAAAGUUUGCAUGUUGACCUCACAGCGAGGUAUCUGUUUGGGAAGGAGGUGAAUGGUGUGGCCUAUGUGAUGUUUGGGGUGGUGAAAGGAGGGAAUAAACACAGUUUCCCUUCUUCACUUCAGAGAGUAGAGAUCCAGAAUGGGAAAGGAGAGGCGGUGUUGAAUAAAGAUGACAUCACACACACCUUCAAAGAGAUGAAAGAUUUGGUCUCCCAAUCAAUAUACAUAUCAGUCAAGGUGUUGACUGAGAGCGGUGGAGAGAUGGUGGAGGCAGAGAAAGGUGGUAUCCAGAUUGUUGAGUCCCCUUAUACCAUCAACUUCAAACACACCCCCAAGUUCUUCAAACCAGGGAUGCCUUUCAGUAUUAAGAUUUACGUCACAAACCCUGAUCAGACACCGGCUGGCAGAGUUAAACUGGAGGUUUCACCUAACAAAGAUUCUACCUUUACGAGCGAGCAAGGCAUCGCCGUGGCAACAGUCAACACCGACAUCAGCAAACCAAUGAAGAUCAUUGUCAAGACCAACGAUCCAGACAUUAAAUCAGACAGACAGGCUACUGCCACAUUUGUUGUCAAUCCCUACGAGUCCAAAACCGAGAACCUGCUGCACCUAUCAGUCAGCACUAAGGAUGAAAACAUGCAGGUGGACAUGGCUUUUGGAGCAGGACCAUCUGCCAUGGAUAUCACCAUAUUGAUCUUAAGCAGGGGUCAGCUGGUGGAAUCAAUCAGGAAGCAACGGAAAGAGAAACAGACGAUCUUGUCCUUCACAAUAGAAGUUACCAAGUACAUGCUGCCCUCAUUCCGUAUAGUGGCGUACUACCACGUGGGCACUAAAGAGGUGGUGUCCGAUUCUGUCUGGGUGGAAGUCCAGACCUCUUGUAUGGGCACGUUGAAAGUUGAGGCAACCAGACCAUCAUCAUCAUACCGGCCCCGUGACAACUUUCAACUGAAGAUCACUGGAGACCCUGGGGCCAAAGUGGGACUGGUGGCUGUGGAUAAGGGUGUCACUGUCCUCAACAACAAACACAGACUCACCCAGAAAAAGAUAUGGGAUGUGGUGGAGAAGUAUGACACAGGCUGUACAGCAGGAAGUGGACAGAACAGUAUGGGAGUCUUCUACGAUGCUGGCCUGAUGUUUGAGAGCAACACCGCCUCAGGAACAAACAUCAGAACCGAGCCAAACUGUCCAGUCAGGACCAGGAGGAGGCGGGCUGUCUCUGAAUUUCAAGUCAGAAUUAAUCUGGAGGCUAAGUACGAGUCGCUGGAGAGGGAGUGUUGUGUCAGCGGGAUGAAGCUGAACGCUCUGGAGUACUCGUGUGUGCGGCGGGCCAAGUUUGUCACAGAGGGAGUUGCCUGCCAAAAUGCCUUCAAGUAUUGCUGUGAACAGAUGGAGGCUGAGAGGAAGAAACACGUCAAUGAUGAGCUUGACCUGGCACGCAGUGAUGAAGAUGAUGCCUCUUACCUCAGUCUAGAUGAGAUCACGUCUCGUACUAAUUUCCCUGAGAGCUGGAUGUGGAUCGAUUUCACCCUGCCCUCCUGUUCUUCAGGCCAAAAAUGUAAAACCACAUCAACCAAUCAGGUCACUGCCAUGCCGGACUCCAUCACUACCUGGCAGAUUACUGCCAUCAGCCUGUCUAAGGAGAACGCUAUCUGUGUGACUGAGCCCUUUGAGAUGGUGGUUCUGAAGGACUUCUUCAUUGACCUGAGGCUGCCCUACUCUGCCGUUUACAACGAACAGCUGGAGGUCAAAGCCGUCCUUCACAACUACAAAUUAAGUCAAAUCAAAGUGCGUGUUUAUCUCAUGGAGAAUGAGAACAUCUGCAGCUCGGCCAACAAACGGAAACAAUAUGUCAAAGUUGUGACUGUAGAGGCUGAGUCUACGCUGGUGGUGCCCUACGUCAUGAUCCCCAUGAAGCUGGGCGAGCAGAACAUCGAGGUCAAGGCCUCCGUGUUUAAUUCAGAGUUACAGGACGGCGUAGUGAAGGUCCUGCGUGUGGUGCCUCCAGGGGAGUUGAUCACAAAACUGGUUACAGUCGAACUGGACCCCUCCAAUUCAGGAGGUGUGCAGAAGGAACAUCUCAAGAGUGCCGUGCCCCAGAACCAGGUUCCAAACACACCUGCCAGCACAGAAAUCAAUGUUAUAGGAGGGGAUCAGACUAGCGUCCUGGUGGAGACUGUUAUGAGUGGCAGCACCAUGGGCAACCUGAUCCAAGAGCCAACAGGAUGUGGAGAACAGAUCAUGACUACCAUGACGCUGCCCGUCAUCGCCACCCGCUACCUGGACACCACCAGACAGUGGGAAUCUAUCGGCCUGGAGAAGCGAGCUACCGCUAUCGAAUACAUCCGACUUGGGUACCAGAAGGAGGCAGCUUAUUGUAAACCCGACGGCUCCUAUUCGAUCUGGAUAGACAGUGGCAGCAGCAGCUGGUUGACAGCGUAUGUAACCAAGGUGUUUGCCAUGUCGAGCUCGCUGAUCGCUAUAGACUCCAAAGUGGUGUGUAAGGCCGUGGAGUGGCUGAUCCAGAAAUCCCAGCUGCCUGACGGCAGGUUUCUGGAAAUCGGUCUCGUCCACACAGGAGGGAUGAUGGGAGGAGUAGCACACUUGGAUACAGAUGCCUCGAUGACUGCCUUCGUACUCAUUGCAUUGCAGGAGGCACGCCCUUUGUGUGAGAAGACCAUCAGAGGUAUGACAAAUAAUAUGAACAAGGCAGUGGCUUACCUCCAGAGUCGUCUGCCCAAUAUCAAAAACCCCUAUUCUGUUGCCAUGGUAUCCUACGCCAUGGCCAACCAUGGCACACUUAACAAGGAACUGCUUCUUAAGUUCUCUACAGAUCUAAAAGACCACUGGGAGGUCCCCGAGGGAUAUGGAACGUUCACCCUGGAGGCCACUGCCUACGCUCUGCUGGCCCUGCUACGGAUCCACCCAGGUUUGUACACACACGCACACUGCAUUGGGAUGUAUAUGGAGAUAUACGGACACCUACUAAGUAGUUUCAGCAAAACUACAACUAUCAUGGUGUACCAGGCAGUGGCUGAGUAUUGGUCCAAAACCCAAAACGUGAAGGAGUUUAACCUGGAAGUAGAUGUCCAAGUAGCUAGCUGGGCGAAGCAAGACAAGUGGAUUAUUAACAGGAGAAACCAAUUUGUCACCAGAACCACAAAGGUCCCGGAUGUCAAUAAGAACCUGACGGUGGAAGCCAGAGGAGUUGGCACUGCCACCAUAUCUGUGCUGACUCUGUACUAUGCCGUUUUGGACAAAAAUAAUCCUGGCUGUGAUGACUUUGACCUGGAAGUGGAAAUGGUAAAAGAAGGAAAAGCAUCUUACCCUGGGGCUGAAGCCACCUACUUGCUGAAAAUAAAGACAAAAUAUAAGAGCCAGGAAAGAGAUGCCACCAUGUCGGUUCUGGACAUUGGCCUGCUAACUGGCUUCAUAGUUGACUUUGGGGAUUUGACAAAGUUGAAGGAAGGGAAAGAUCGCUACAUUGAGAAAUUUGAGAUGAACAAGGCUCUGUCUGAAAGAGGCUCCCUCAUCAUCUAUCUGAAUAAGGUGUCUCACACAGAGUGGGACCAUGUGAACUUCAGGAUCCACAGUGUUGAUAAGGUUGGGGUCCUACAACCUGCAGCAGUGACUGUGUAUGAGUAUUAUCAGAAAUCCCGUUGUAGGGUGUUUUACCAUCCACAGCGAACGGAUGGUGGCCUUCUGAGGCUGUGUUCCGGGGAGGACCACAGUAUCUGUAAAUGUGCUGAAGAGAACUGCAGCAUGCAGAAGAAGCUGGGGUUAGAAGAUAACAAACGUUCUGACAAGGCCUGUGAGGUCACAAAAGACCGGUCAGUGGAUUACGUCUUCAAAGUUCAGAUGGAGAAGAUGGUCCCAGAUGCCACUACAGACAUGUACACCGUGAGGAUAGUGAACGUCCUCAAAGGAGGUAUUGAUAAGGGUGCGAUGGGAAAUCUGCGUGAGUUUGUGGCCUUUGCUCUCUGCAGAGAAAGUCUGGACCUUCAGAAGGGGAAAACGUACCUCCUCAUGGGUGUCUCCAAGGACGUCUAUAAACCCAGAGAGGGAGCCAAUGUUGAGUACCAGUAUGUCCUGGGUGAGCAGACCUGGGUGGAGUACUGGCCCACACCGGCAGAGUGCCCAAAACAGCCCUACCGGCUGACCUGUAAGGGGCUGGAUAGGCUGGUGACUGAGCAGAAGAUGGAAGGCUGCCCUCAUAAAUAAGUCUGGGUGGAAGUUUCCAAAAUGGCCGCCUACUGUCUACCAAUUUUGCCAAUUGUUGUAUUCUAAAAUGAUUUGUUAAAUAAUAACGUGAUAAAAUAAAAUGCAGCUAAAAUAAGCUUGUUUCUCACAUUGGCACAGUCAGCAACGUGGGGUUACAAUGGCACCCUCCUGCUUUGGCGGUAAUGAUCAUUAAAGUGAAAUUCUUGCUUCUAA